AUGAACGCAGUGGCAGCUUCAGGACCGACAGCAUUAGCAGGUGUGCAGUCGUCGUCGUCGUUGAAGACGACGACGAGCACGACAAGUACAACGACUAGGACGGGGACGGAUUCUGGGACGGGGACGAUGGCGGAAGUCUCUCGAAAUUCACGUAAUUCGUCGAUAGAGGAGCAUGCAGUUCGGCGAGGCUCUGUGGAAAGUAAUUCAAGCGAGAGCAAGCGUAGGACCAAAGUGUCUAGGGCAUGUGAUCAAUGUCGUCGUAAGAAGAUUAAAUGUGAAUAUCGAGAAGAUUCUCAGUCAUGUACGGGGUGUAAUAAGAACAAUGAGAAAUGCGCGUUUGAAAGAGUUCCAUUGAAACGAGGUCCGUCCAAAGGUUAUACUCGGACGAGUAGUAUCUUGCAAGAGCGACACAAUUCUCGGAAGCGACGUGCUAGUGAUGAAUAUUUAACUUUGCAGUCGGGUAAUGGACAUGAGCAGCAGCAACACCCCAGGCAGCCACUUUUAGCGCGCGAAGAUGUAGCUCACCCGACUAGUAGCACUCCUGUUGCGCUCCCACCACUGCAUUAUUACUUACCGAUGAAUAAUACUCAGCAGCAUUCGCUCUUGCAAUCUCCACUUCCGGUUCCCCAGACUUCCGCACAGUCAUCUCCGCAGCGGUUUCCGCCAAUGCAACAGCAGUUUUGGAAGGUGCCGUAUUAUGAGCACCAAUUCCAGAGGCGAUCAUCUUUAGAUUCUGUUCACAGCGAGCCGCCUGCUAAACCGGGUCAGAACGAGCAGUACACUCCAUCUACAGCUUCCUCCUCAUCUCGGGGACUCCAGCCGAUACAGGACUACUUUUUGCAACAUGAUCAAGCCCCAGAACUGCCUGAUGAACGGGAGCGUUCAUCUAGUAUUCCAUCGCUAAUUGUGCGGUCAAACCCAAUAUCUCAUUCUUAUCAUCAGGCACCUCCACCGCAGUAUCCUUAUUCACAAUUUGCUAUGGCGUCCAAUGGAUCUAAUACCCAUCCAGUAACUACUGUAAUAUCUCAACAGCAGCACCAGCACCAGCACCAGCACCAGCACCAGCACCAGCAACGCCAACACCAGAAUCUAUCAUUCCAGCACUCACAUAGCAACUUUCGCGAUACUGUCUCUCCGGGUUCAACCCCUGGGUAUUCUCCCAGGCUUGAAGCUCAGUCCACAGGAGGCUCGAUCUCCACUACUACUGGCGCACCAGUGACAGCAGAGGCUGUACCAACUGGUGUAAAGACAUUUUCAGGACAAUAUAAGAAUCCUUCAGAACAUUCACAAAGCAACAUAAAUAUUGUCGAUUGCGAUUCGAAACCCAGUAUUAAGUCAUCAGGCCAGGCGCUUACAACUGGAAAUUCUGCUGCAACCCAUCCUGCAGGAACCGUAGUCAUAUAUGGGAGGAUCCCAGAUGUGGAGCUAAUCGAUACAUAUUAUGAGUACAUGCAUGUCAAUUACCCCAUAUUACCCAUUAAUAAACAGAUAUUAACCAAUGAGAUUUUAAUGGUCAAUACGCAACCGAUAUCCGAAGUCCAUGAGUUGAACAAUUACGUUUUACACUGGUUCAGGGCUUCCUUGGAACUUUUGAUCCGCAUUUCUGCUGAAAAGACACCAGCUGAUUCUCUUUCCUUUUCAUUGCAGCCUAACGUGACAGCCAAGAGCGAUCCAAUAAUGGGUGGAACAUUCAAUAGCAAUGAAGUUGAGGAUAAAGAGGAUCCUCUCUUUGUGCAGUCCAUAUUUAUAUCUGCAUUGAACGAGUGCUUUCAGAAGAUAGUUGAUGUACAUCCCAAGGUAAGAGAAUAUAAGGAAUCCAUUUCACCGAAGGUUACUACCAUCUAUCUAAGCACUUUCAUAAUUUUGAAUUACAUCCUUGCAUUGGUAGGCUACGAUAACUCAUUUGUGUUAGGGAUGUCUGUCACGAUCUUUAACGAAUUCAAGCUUUUUAAGCUGCUAAUGUUACAUGAUGAUACUACCGUCCCUUCGCCUAGUGGGUCCGUGAACCAAUCUAAGUCAGCAGAUGGUUACGAACAUAUAGCUGAAGAAAAUAACUAUCUCGGCUUUGAACUAUUGUAUAAAAGAUUGUACUACAGUCUUGUUGUAUUCGAUUCGCUUCAGGGUUGUUGUUUUGGCGUUCCAAAGCUCAUUUCUGUUCCAAUUGCCCAUUUAACUGAAUCUUUGUUUCGACCUAAAGAAUCUGUAAAGAACGACAAAUGGGCUAUAGAGAGCGAUGAAGACAAAUUAGAAGUCAUAAUGUCGAACCUGAGAUUAGGCGCUCUAAUAACCGAAUUAUGUGAGACAAGAAAACUCAUGACUUCUCUUCAAUCGCUUCAUCAUACAAACAAAACAGAAAGUAAUCAAAACUCUGUUAUAAGGAGCUUCCAAACUCCCCGGGAGUUCCGUAGUGCCUUUCUAGAUGAUGACACAACUAUUGCUGGUCUAUUCUAUCAAUUUCUCUGGUCCAAACGACAGCUGAUUGACGAGCUCUUAUCCAUUCCAUUGGGCACUGUCAGGAAGCCCAGUUGCGAAAAGGGAUUACACCAGGAAGAUCCAGAAGGUCGGCAUGGGGAGCAAACAAAACAAAGGGCCGCUUCAGAUGCUUCCAAGUUUGAACACAAAGAAAUAUGCUCACCACCAGAGAUGACUACUGAAUUAUGUGCCCGUCUCACGAAAACCAUUUGCCGCCUAACUGCCAAGGCUCACUUACUAUUGCACCUUAUAACAGAGUUAAACCCAACAAACUGCGUAAUUCCACGGGCACAGACCCCUAGUGCCUACAGCACUGUCUUCCUACUCACAAAGGGUACAAUUUCGCCGUUCGUAAUCGCCAUCUAUCGUGACUUAUUCAAUGUAAUAGAAUUAACCAAAAACAUCCCCACCUCUCUAAUCGGCUACAUAAUGGGCACCGGCACCCAGGACCAUUCCACCCAAGAACUAGUUGUUUCACUAUCCCGGUGCAUGAGCAACAUGAUCCAAAUACAAAGCGUUGCUCAUUCCCCUAGACCCUUCAAGAUAUUCAACCAUGAUCUUCGCCGUAAAACAAAUCAAUUGCUUCCCUCUGCUCCGUUUUGGAACAUGGCACGCUUCUACAGUUACGAUUUCCAACCAACAACCCCUCAAGAGGUCAUGAUUCAACAAUUUAUAGAUAUCGCAUGGGGUUUGCUAGAAGAUGAAGAACUGGGCUGGUUCUGA